AACGUGCUCUUUCUCUCUCCUCUUCGCACCCCUCUCUUCACCUUAUACUACUUCUUCUGCUGGAUUUCUCUGUUUGGUUGCAGAUUUUGAGAAGUUGCAAAAAAUCUGGAACAAGGGAAGCAGAGUUCGCUGGAGGCGGUGAAGCUAGCGAUACCGGAUCUUCGACGAAUUUUGGUCCGGCGAGCUCAUUUUCUAGUUCAGGUGAAGUAUCAAUGUCGACAGAGAAGGAUGUUGUAGAUGAAUAUGGAGAUGAUAAUGCUUGUGAUGCUGUUACUGAACUGGAUAGCAGAGAAAUAGUUGGUGGUUCAGUUUCCAAUGUCGUCAGUGACUCUUCAGGUCAUCUUAAGUUGGAAAGAUCAAAAACUGAGCCACCUACACACAAUAGUCAAUUUGCUCAAGAGGCAGCAAAUAUCUCUGAUGACAGCGAUUCUGAACAACAGAAGCUCAAGUUGUUGAAGAGGAUCGCAACUGUCAGAGACAAUGGAACUGUAGAAUUUGAGAUUCCGGGUGAUGAAGAAUCCAGGGUCCUUGGAGUUGAAUCUCAAAGUGUCUGUAAUGAAGUUGAAGAUGUGCCUCUUGAUGAACUAGAACUUCACUAUAUUCCUCCAAUACAGAUUGUAAUGCUUAUUGUUGGAACACGUGGUGAUGUGCAACCUUUUAUUGCAAUUGGCAAACGUUUGCAGGAGUAUGGCCAUCGAGUGAGGCUGGCAACCCAUGCAAAUUUCAAAGAGUUUGUCUUAACCGCUGGGUUGGAGUUCUAUCCUCUCGGGGGUGAUCCAAUAGUUUUGGCUGGAUAUAUGGUUAAAAACAAGGGCUUCUUACCUUCUGCACCCUCAGAAAUUCCUGUUCAGAGAAACCAAUUGAAGGAUAUUAUAAGUUCUCUACUCCCAGCUUGCGAAGAACCUGAUAUGGAUACUGGGGUACCCUUUAAACCAGAUGCGAUUAUUGCUAAUCCCCCAGCAUAUGGGCAUACACAUGUUGCGGAAGCACUGAAAAUUCCAAUUCAUAUUUUCUUUACAAUGCCAUGGACGCCAACUAGCGAAUUUCCUCAUCCAUUGUCCCGCAUUAAACAACCAGCUGGAUAUCGGCUGUCGUAUCAGAUUGUUGACUCCUUGAUUUGGCUAGGAAUUCGAGAUAUGAUUAAUGAUACCAGGAAAAGAAAACUGAAGCUAAGACCAGUUACAUAUUUAAGCAGUUCUCAAGUCUCUGUGCUGGAUAUCCCACAUGGAUAUAUUUGGAGUCCUCACCUUGUUUCUAAACCAAAAGAUUGGGGACCAAAGGUUGAUGUGGUGGGAUUUUGCUUCCUCGAUCUUGCAUCUGGUUAUGAACCUCCAGAAUCACUAGUAAAUUGGCUGAAAGAUGGUCAGAAACCCAUUUACAUUGGCUUUGGUAGUCUUCCUGUUCAAGAGCCAGAGAAAAUGACCCAAAUAAUUGUUGAAGCAUUGGAACGCACUGGACAAAGGGGGAUCAUUAACAAAGGCUGGGGUGGCCUUGGCAAUUUGGCUGAGCCAAAGGAUUUUGUGUACUUGCUUGAUAAUUGUCCCCAUGAUUGGCUAUUCUUACAAUGUUCUGCAGUGGUGCACCAUGGGGGUGCUGGAACAACGGCUGCUGGUCUUAAAGCUGCGUGUCCAACAACUAUUGUACCCUUCUUUGGUGACCAGCCAUUUUGGGGGGAAAGGGUGCACGCUAGAGGUGUAGGCCCUCCACCUAUACCUAUCGAUGAAUUUUCCCUUCCUAAGCUGGUUGAGGCAAUUGAAUUCAUGCUUGAUCCUAAGGUAAAGGAGCGCGCAGUUGAGCUGGCUAAGGCGAUGGAGAAUGAAGAUGGGGUCACUGGAGCAGUAAAAGCCUUCUUUAAGCAUCUUCCCCGCAAUAAUGAGCCUGAUCUUGAUGAAACACCUGCACGACGAAGUUUAUUUUCUUUAAGAAGAUGCUUAGGUUUUUGCUAGAUCUCAAAGUGGAUAAAGAUGCGUGCAAUUGUCUGUUUGUCACUAUAAACUAUCUGUACCUUGUUCCUGCAAUAAUGUAAUAUUUUUAUAC